GAGCAGACGUGAGCAUUUCCCCACUUACAAACUUCGACAACUAUAAAUACCGUCACCCUAAAUGACGGCAUCAAACGACGUUCGACCGUUUGAAUCGAAAAUCGAAUUUUUCCUCGUUUUUGUGUGAUAAUAACAGUGAUAUUGAACAAUGUGCGUCGGUAAGGUGGCCGCUGAAGUUAAAAUGCCCUUAGCAAGGACUAAAAGUGUUGCAUCGGUGCAUACGAAUCCGCCUCGUAAAGAAAAAAUACAGUACAGCGAAGACAUACUGGCUGUAUCCACCCAUUACACCAAAGAAAUUCUCUAUGGGAUCGACAGCUUUAAGAAUAAGUUCCAGAAUUCAGUGUUUUACAAGAUUUUGACCCACACAACCCAACCAGCGCAUCUUAUAACGGCCCUUGCUGUUAUAUCGUUAGCGUUUUUAAUAUUGCCUGCUACACAUGAAGAUGCGCCGAAAUCGUCUCUGCUGACCUUGGUGUACUUGGGCUCGUUUAGCGCCCAUUUCGGCGCUCAAAUUUGGAUGACUUUCAUAUCCGGAUUGGCCUUAUACUUCUCAUUGCCAAGACACAUCUUCGGCAGCGUUCAAAAAGUGCUUUUUCCCAAGUACUUCCUCCUAAACGCCAUCCUAAGCCUUAUUACCUUGGUGGUGUUUUUAAGGCACAACAAAGACCUAAGGGUCCCGGAAAUAUUUGUGCAGACUAUCGGGAUGUCGAUUUGCUUCUUCACAGAGUUAAUCAUACGUCUGUACUUGACGCCGCCACUUUUGACUUUGAUCACCGAAAAAAAUCAAAUCGAAAAAAGUGCCGGAGUCGGUUUCGAGGUCGGGAAAGUCGACCCCGGAAAACUCAAGCACUGCCCGCACUAUCUGAAAAUCCACAAAAAGUUCAGAAAAGUCCACAUGUCCAUCGCCAUAGGAAACAUCGUCACAAUGGCUUGCACCAUGCUGCAUCUGUACUAUUUAUCGCAAAAACUAAGCAUCACUGCUAUGUAAUUUCUGCGAUUUAUUUAUAUUCAGGGACCAGCCCUGUUCAAAAGACUCGAAUUUUAAUUUAGGAAUAGAUAGAUAGAUUAUUUAUUUAUUUUUUACACGCAACAGUAUUAUAUUUUUAAUUUAUUAGGUAUGUGUUCCUGCUCAAUAAAUAAAAAGACAUUUAUUAACA